UAUUUUUGCUUCAAUUCAAUUCAUUGUUUAUCUGUGACCAGCAAAUGUUGUGACAUCUAAAAUUUUGACAAUUUAUUUUUCAUUGGUGUUCCAAAAAAAUAGAAAAAUGGCUGGAGCUCUGGCAAGGGUUGUUCAGGCCACAAAAACGCAUAUUGGUGUUGUAGGACCCUUGGUUAAUAUCAACAAUGGUUCGGUACGUUUCCAACAAACGCAAACUAAAACCAAGUUCGGACCACUUAGUGACAGCGACAGGGUGUUCACCAAUCUUUAUGGAAGACACGACUGGCGGCUGAAGGGAGCUCUGAGUCGAGGAGACUGGUACAUGACGAAGGAGAUAAUGCUGAAGGGGACUGACUGGAUCGUCAAUGAACUCAAAACAUCUGGUCUGCGUGGACGUGGUGGUGCUGGCUUUCCCACUGGCAUGAAGUGGUCAUUCAUGAACAAGCCUUCAGGUGGUCGUCCCAAAUACUUGGUAGUUAACGCAGAUGAAGGCGAGCCUGGUACAUGCAAGGACAGAGAGAUUAUGCGUCAUGACCCACACAAGCUAGUGGAGGGUUGCUUAGUGGCUGGCCGGGCUAUAGGAGCCCAGGCAGCAUAUAUUUAUAUCAGAGGAGAGUUUUACAAUGAAGCAAGCAACUUGCAAGUGGCUAUUGCUGAGGCCUACCAAGCUGGUUUGAUCGGGAAAAACGCGUGCGGCUCAGGCUAUGACUUCGAUGUGUUUGUUCAUCGUGGCGCUGGUGCCUACAUCUGUGGUGAAGAGACGGCUCUCAUUGAGUCCAUCGAAGGCAAGCAGGGCAAGCCGCGCCUCAAGCCACCCUUCCCUGCUGACGUGGGCCUGUUUGGAUGUCCUACCACUGUCAACAAUGUAGAGACUAUUGCUGUAGCUCCGACAAUCUGCCGUCGCGGCGGCGCGUGGUUCGCGUCGUUCGGGCGCACGCGUAACAGCGGCACCAAGCUGUUCAACAUCUCGGGCCACGUCAACACGCCGUGCACCGUGGAGGAGGAGAUGAGCAUCCCGCUCAAGGAGCUCAUCGAGAGGCACGCGGGCGGCGUGACCGGCGGCUGGGACAACCUGCUGGCCAUCAUUCCCGGAGGGUCUUCCACUCCGCUCAUACCUAAAGAUGUAUGUGAGACCGUCCUAAUGGACUUCGACGGUCUGGUGGCCGCUCAGACGUCUCUGGGCACGGCGGCCAUCAUAGUGAUGGACAAGUCUACUGACAUAGUGAAGGCGAUCGCACGCCUCAUCAUGUUCUACAAGCACGAGUCGUGCGGACAGUGCACGCCGUGCCGCGAGGGCGUCUCCUGGAUGAACAAGAUCAUGUACCGAUUUGUGGACGGCAAUGCUUCACCUAAAGAAAUUGAUAUGUUAUGGGAGCUUUCUAAGCAAAUUGAAGGGCACACGAUCUGCGCGCUAGGCGACGGUGCGGCGUGGCCGGUGCAGGGCCUCAUCCGGCACUUCCGGCCCGAGCUCGAGCGGCGCAUGGCGGAGCACGCGGCGGCGCACGGCCCGAGCAAGGCCGAGAGACUGUACUAGUGCAUUGUACCUAUUCAUAGUUACCUUUGUAAAAUAAUUUAAUCAACUCCAAUAAAUAUAUAAACAAUUAAAAAA